CAUUUAGCUCAAACUCCACCCAUCCCCAUAUAGGCCACACACCGAGCACCCUAUAUUCUAUCUCCUUCUUUUUGCUUCAAUCCAAAAGGAUCCAAAAAGUCUCUGCUCUACUUGUUUCUCUCUGGUCUCUUCAUUCUUUUCGUCUCCUUUAAGUCUUAAAUGUGCAAAGCUGAGUGAAAACAAAAGACUGGGGAAAAAAGUCCUGUGCUUUCUGAACCAUAUGAGGUUCCUAAUGGGGAAUUUGCUGAGAACAGAGUUGUCUGUGAUAUUGGUGUUUUUGUGUGUUCUUGCUGUGUCAGCCUCUGUGGGUUAUGACCACAAAGCUAUUACUAUUAAUGGCCAGAGAAGAAUUCUGAUCUCUGGUUCCAUUCACUACCCCAGAAGCACCCCAGAUAUGUGGCCCGGAUUGAUUCAGAAAGCCAAAGACGGAGGCUUGGAUGUUAUUCAAACUUAUGUCUUCUGGAACGGACACGAGCCUUCUCCUGGAAAAUAUUAUUUCGAGGACAGGUUCGACUUGGUUAAGUUCAUCAAACUGGUGCAGCAUGCUGGUCUUUACGUUCAUCUCCGCAUUGGUCCCUACGUCUGCGCUGAAUGGAACUUGGGGGGAUUUCCGGUCUGGCUGAAAUACGUUCCUGGCAUUUCUUUUAGAACAGAUAAUGGACCUUUCAAGGCGGCAAUGCAAAAAUUUACUCAGAAAAUUGUCAGUAUGAUGAAGGCAGAGCGAUUGUUUCAAACUCAGGGAGGCCCAAUAAUAUUGUCGCAGAUUGAGAACGAGUACGGACCGGUGGAAUGGGAAAUUGGAGCUCCUGGAAAAGCUUACACUGCUUGGGCUGCCCAAAUGGCUGUAGGUCAAAAAACUGGUGUUCCAUGGGUCAUGUGCAAGCAGGACGACGCUCCUGAUCCCAUUAUUAACGCUUGCAAUGGAUAUUACUGUGAGAAUUUCACUCCCAACAAGAGGUACAAGCCGAAAAUGUGGACAGAGAAUUGGACGGGCUGGUAUACUGAGUAUGGUGCUGCAGUCCCUCGUAGACCAGCAGAAGACAUUGCGUUUUCGGUUGCUAGAUUCAUACAAAAUGGAGGCUCAUUUGUUAACUACUAUAUGUAUCAUGGAGGAACUAACUUUGGCCGAACCUCAAGUGGUCUCUUCGUUGCUACAAGUUAUGACUAUGAUGCUCCUAUUGAUGAAUUUGGAAGUUUAAACCAACCAAAGUGGGGGCAUCUUAGAGAUUUGCACAAGGCAAUCAAGCAGUGUGAACCAGCUCUAGUGUCUGUGGAUCCCGCUGUGACAAAGUUCGGAAGAAACCAAGAGGCCCACGUGUUCAGGACAAGAUCGUCUUGUGCUGCAUUCCUUGCAAAUUAUGAUGCCAAUUCCGGGGCAAAAGUGAAAUUUGGAAAUGGGCUAUAUGACUUACCACCUUGGUCUAUCAGCAUUCUACCUGACUGCAAAACUGUAGUUUAUAACACUGCAAAGGUUAAUGCGCCGAGGGAUGAGAUGUUCUUUACACCUGUGAUUAAGUCAUUCAAAUGGCAGUCAUUCAAUGAACAACCUGCAGCUGCUGGUGUAGAUGAUUCAAUGACAGCAAAUGGGCUCUUGGAACAGGUUAAUGUCACCCGGGAUACUACUGAUUAUUUGUGGUAUAUGACCGAUGUUAAUGUUGGAGCUAAUGAUCUAAAGAGUGGACAGUCUCCCGUUCUCACUGUAAUGUCAGCAGGCCAUGCUUUGCAUGUUUUUGUUAAUGGUCAAUAUUCAGGAACUGCUUAUGGGAGUCUGGAGAGUCCUAAACUAACAUUUAGUCAGGGUGUAAAGCUAAGAGUUGGCAACAACAAAAUUUCUAUACUCAGUGUUUCCGUUGGUCUUGCGAAUGUUGGUGUUUUCCACUCGGUGCACUUUGAGAGCUGGAAUGUUGGGGUGUUAGGCCCUGUCACGCUGAGUGGUCUAGGUAGGGGGACACGAGACUUGUCAAGACAAAAAUGGUCGUACAAGGUUGGCCUGAAAGGUGAAUCCUUAAGACUUCAUACUGAAGGUGGUAGUAACUCUGCUAGAUGGGUACAAGGAUCACUAUUGGCCUAUAAACAACCCUUGACAUGGUACAAGACAACCUUCAAUGCUCCACCUGGCAAUGAUCCCUUGGCUUUGGAUAUGGGUAGCAUGGGAAAGGGUGAAAUCUGGAUCAAUGGUCAGAGUAUUGGACGACACUGGCCUGCAUAUAUCGGAAAGGGCAAUUGUGGCACUUGCAAUUAUGCUGGAACUUAUACUGAUAAAAAAUGCCGAAAAUAUUGUGGAACGUCCUCCCAGAGAUGGUAUCAUGUUCCUCGCUCAUGGCUGAAGCCAAGUGGGAAUUCUUUGGUUGUGUUUGAAGAACUGGGAGGUGACACAACCUGGAUUGCUUAUGAAAGAAACAAGGCGCUAGAUUACAAGAUGAAGGUGGUGCAACUGUGCAACUAUAGAGUUUGUUGAGUUCAUCGUUAUACUACUAUGUUUUCUUCUGUUAGUUGAUCGAAAAAAGAAAUCUGUGAAAAAGGGUGUGUACAUAGUGAUAGGCAUGCUGUUCUACUAUAUACUGUUCCACAUAUUGUGGGGCUUGUAGUGAUUGUAGAAUUGAGUCCUCACACACAUUGCUGUGAAAGGAGAUAGCUGGACGUGCAUAAGGAGCCAAAGACGUCUCCAUUCCACAAGGAAAAGCAGUCUGUUUCUUUGUUUUUCUUCCUGGCAUGAUUGUAUGUAAUAAGAAUGUUCAAAGUAAUAAAUAGUUGCUUCCAAGUUUUCGAUACCAUUUUCUAA